GUCAUUCAGAGUUCCUCUGCGAUACCCCUGCACGUCUAGUCUACCGUUGCCUUUUUUUCGAGCACAUCCAGCAUCAUGAGGACCGCCGUUGUUAUUUUCCUGGCCGCUUGCGUCGUUGCUGUCUUUGCUGAAGACCCGAUCAAGGACAUCAACAAAGACUACAUCAAAUCCUGCCUGAUCGAGAACGGAUUCGACCCACAACAAUACCCCAAUGGCAUGAGGAAUGUCAAAGUGCCCGAGAAGCAGGAGCAGAACAGGAACUGCUACUACUCCUGCAUGAUGAAGAAGAUGAACUUGAUGAAGGCCGAUGGAAGCCUCAACGAGGAUGCCCUCCGCACCAAAUUCAACUUGAACCUGGACACCCUCCACAAGGCCCUCAACACCUGCAAGACACAAGUCAAGAACGACAACUGCAAAAUGGCCGCCUGUCUGAUGGCCAACCGAGGAGCUUAAGAAGCCAAUCGUCUCACCCAUCAAACUACUCAUUUUAACUGAUAAUGACCAAAAAAAUAAUACUUUAAAGAUUAACGAAACUGUGUAUUUUCAUUUCAAAACAAAUAAUUAUAAUUAAAUAAUAUUUAAUGCUCUAC